AUGCGACCACUCAGGUUUCGACGAGCACGAGGGCCGCGUCUCCAGAGAAAGAAUGUGGUGAUGCCUUUCGGUUAUGCUCGCACACAAGGUCUGCAAACACUUUUGCUUGCGAGCAUUUUCCUCUUCCUGGUGAAUUUAACGAUCUGCCAACGCAGCGGUGGACAAUUUUUUACUCCUGGACUACUCAUCAUCAAUGGGCCGGCCCCUGAUUCCAAAAAGCCUGCGGGGAAGAAAAUUUCAAUCUCGUUAGAAAUCACAGGUGAUGGCGUCUUGAAACCAUCAAAUACUGAUGCUGGGACCCAGCUUGCUACAGCAAUCCUAAGUGUUGAGAUAUAUCUUGUCAACCGUGAACAUAACAUUACCAUAAGCCAAGGACCCCAGCUGAUGCAGGGUGAGAGGGGGAGCAGUGUCAAGCACAUGAAUUUCGUGAUUCCAGAGUGUACGCCACCCGGAGAUUAUCAGGUUAUUUUCCAUGAGCUGGAUCGGAUCAAUGGAAAACAGUUUUAUUCAAUUUACUCCCUUCCUUUCCAUGUGCUGAGCCCUCAAGAAAAAGCAGGGACAGAAAGCGUCGACGCAGCUGAACAGAGCAAGUGCGAUAAAUUUACAGUACCGCAGGCAGAGCUGCGGGAUUCACGUCCAUCCAAACAACCUUUCGUCAAGAAAGGGGUUACGGGUUUCAAGCUCCAAAAAGGGAAGAUACCGUUACCCAAGGACGAAGAUAUAUUUGUACCCGAAGAUGAAGUGACUACCUUAGUGGUGCAAGGUACAGCCACUGCGAAACCAGCAUCGCCUGCCGAGGAUGCUACACCGGCUGCCCCAAAUUCAAAGGAAAAAUUCACGCCGCCUGUCGAAAAAUCAAGACCGUCAGUCGAAAAACCAACGCCACCCGCCGAAACGGAGACUCCAGUCCCGCAGCCCAAGCCACCGGCUCAAGCUGAAAACCCAGCACCCUCAUUGGCCCAACCAACCAACCGGGACCAAAAAGCCGCCGAAACAGCAGUUACUGAUACCGCCAAGUCACAGGUAAAAAAGACGCCACUUUUAGAGCAAAAUUCUUCACAGGAAGCUCAAGAGCGAUCUAAAGGAAAAACUACCGACCCCGAAGAUGACCAUGACGAAGAAUCACUCGAUUCUACCCUUAGAAUAAGUUCGGGCACUUCAGCCGACUCACCAGAAUUAUCACGGCAAGCGGAAGUCGACAAAAAUGUGAAGAUUGAAGCAAAGAAAACAAAGUUAUCUGUUGGUUCUCCAUCGCCAACAGCACAGCUUGAGACGCCCCCACCAGAUUCUAAUUCAGGCAAUAAAAAGCCAGCGAUCACAUUUACUGAAUCGGAUUAUUCACUUGACAAGAAGCCGACAAAAAUCCAAGGCGAUGAAGAAAUAGAAGAGUCUGAAGUAGAAAAUUCGAAGGCAGACCUCUUGAGAAAAGCUUCUGUGAUUCCUGAUGUUGAGGCUCCCUUGGUUUCAUCAAGACUGGAUCCAUCUAUCUCUGAAGCCGAGAAAACUGGCCAGAACAUUACUGUCGUGGAAGCUGUAGUCAAUCAUGGCAUUUUGGGAAGCGCCUCACAAGGAAAUAUGGCAAUUCUCGGACAAUCAACUAAUCAAAUGGUUUUUUCGGUCCCAUUGAUUGCCCCUUCAACAUCUGAUUGCAACAUUAUGUCACUACACAGAUGGAAAAACACCUUGUUUCUGCCAUGGGCUCUAUAUUCUAUUAUAAAAUUAUGGAGUUGA